AUGCAAUUGUUUGAUGUGAUAUUGCGGGACGCCUUCGUCAACGGGGCGUUUGUAUGCGACAUUGGCAUCAAGCAUGGUGUGAUAUCAGCGCUGGGUCUGAACCUUGUCGCUUCGGAAGACAUCAAAAUCAUUGAUUGCGAGGAUGCCAUUGUAACUCCAGGAGUCAUAGACGGCCAUGUGCAUCUGGCCCAGGACAAGUCGCCGCGGGCACGAGAAGCCGGAUACCAGUGUGCCGACACCAUAGAGACAGGAACGCGGAGUGCAGUUGCGGGAGGGACAACGACGGUAUUGUUGUUCGCCGAGCAGUCGCGAGGAGAGUCGCUUCGAGAGAAAGUCGACGCUUACCACCAGCUGGCGCAAGAACAAGGCUCAUAUGCCGACUACGGCUUCCAUGCUAUCAUCACGGAUCCCGCGCCAACGGUGCUCGAAGAGGAGCUUCCGAGUCUAGCCCGCGACGGGAUCAUGAGCAUAAAACUUUUCCUGACGUACAAGCACAUGAGGAUCUCUGACAAGGACUUUCUCCGUGCUCUGCAUAAAGCACGAGAACUGGGCAUGGUAGCGUUGGUCCAUGCUGAAAAUGGUGAUCUUGUCGACUUCUUCGCCGAACAGCUCGAGUCUCAAGGCUUGACAGAUCCGCUGUACAAAGCCAUUGCCCACCCGGCAGCCGCUGAAGCAGAAGCGACCAAUCGCGCCAUAACAUUCUCAUCGGUCAUGGAUACGCCACUGCUCAUUGUCCACAUUUCUGUGCCAGAGUCCGCUGCAGUCAUCAGAAAGGCCCAGUCACAACUGAAACCAGUCUUUGCAGAGACCUGUCCACAGUACUUGCUGCUCGGGAAGUCAAACUUGGCACAGGAGCAUUUCUGCGGUGCAAAAUUCGCUGGCCCAAAUGGGAAGCAGGUGGGACUUUCUCAAGCGGAUAAUGGCAAUCCCAAUGGAACGUUUACCAAAAUACCCAACGGACUCCCUGGUGUCGAGACUCGACUCCCUCUUCUCUUCUCUGAAGGCGUAUUGAGACGGCGGUGCAUCGACGUGAAGCGCUUUGUAGAGUUGACCUCGGAAAACCCUGCGAAGUUAUACGGCCUCUAUCCGAAGAAAGGCGCUAUUCAAGUCGGGUCAGAUGCAGACUUGGUCAUAUGGUAUCAUGCAUUCACUCCGCGGCGGCUGGUCCAUGACAGGGACCUGCAUGACGGCUGCGAUUACUCCCCGUACGAGGGUAUUGAGUUCUUGAACUGGCCGAAAAUCACACUCUUGCGUGGGAGAACGGUGCUCAAGGAUGCCAAAUCGUAG